AUGAAGCUCGACGGGACGCUCGCGACCGACGCGCUCGCGACGAUCGCGGGCUGGAAGAAGACCGGGGUCCCGAAGCGCGGGAUGCUGACCCUAGACUUCGUCGCCACCCCGCGCGCGAAGAUUCUUCCUGCGAUCGAGACCCCGGCGCAAAAAGCGAUGUGGCUGUCGGACGACGAGGUAACGUCCUUUGCGGAGACGUUAUCGAAAUCCGCCGCCGGAAACGGCGGCUCGUGCGUCGGGUACGUCUCGCGCGCCGGCGACGGCGGAUGUUACACCGGCGAUCUGCGGCUCGCGCUGAGCGGCCGAAAGCUCACGUGCGCGCGCGCGGUGUCGCUCGUCGACGCCUUGGACGUCUCCGAGGUGCGGUGCGAAGCCGCGGUUACCGCGUUCACGCCGUGCGACGACGCGGACGAUCACUGGCCUCUGGUGUUGUCGUCCCUGCGCGUCCUAGAGCAAGCGCACGCGUGUGACCGGUUGGGGUGUUACCCGCUCGUGACCGCGACGGAGGCGAAGGCGUACGCGCGAGAAGAGGCGAUGAAGGCGGCGAUGGAGGCGAAGCGCGUCGCGGAGGAGGAGAAACUCGCGAAGAAGGCGGCGGCCAAGGCGAAGAGGGAAGCCGCCGCCGCCGCGGGCGAGAGCGCGUCGGACGAUGACUACGACGACGACGACGACGACGACGAGACGCGCGUUGAGGACGACCCGGUCGUCGCCGCGGAGAGGGCGUGGAACGAGGCGCAGAAGACGCCGGAGAUUCCGUCGCCGAUGUCGAUGCACUACGCGUUGGAUCUGAUUGAGGGACCUCCGGAGGAGGCGGCGGCGCGCGCGUCCAUCGCGAAGCAAAUCUUCGCCGCGGCGUCGCGGACGCCGUGGCGCUCGAUCCGCAACCUUCGCGUGAACGGCGUCGCGAUCGACGACGACGACGUCCCGGCGUUGUCUGGCGGCGACGAAGGAGCGGGGUGGGAUUUCGUCGAGAGCGCCGCCGGCGGGACGUCUCCGGCGUUUCUCGAGCUCGACUUUUUCGGCCCGGACGUCUUCGAGCGACUGAAGAUCGAGCCGCACCAGAUGCGCUUCACGAAGGGCGACGAGGAGCGCGACGCGUUCUUGACGCGACGCGCUUCGAAGCUCCGCGCGGACCGCGCGCGGCAGCUGCACCCGUUCAAGAUUGAGGCGGGCGAGGGGGAGACGUGGGCGGCGCCGCGGCGCGCGCCCGGCGACGCCGCGCUCGCGGAUCGCGCGCCCGACGACAACGACGUCUCCCCCGCGCUCGAGGCGUGGACGCUCGCGCACCAAUCGCGCUGGGAGAGCUUCGCGCGCGAGAUGGCCGCGAUGGACGCGGAGGAGGAUCUCCUGAGGUCGUUUUACUGGAAGAAGGUCAACCCCGACGGCGCCGCGACGGUCAGGCGCGUUCUCAUUAGUCUGCUCAUCACGCACGUUUUCUUUUUGCACCCGCCUCUCGUCGCAGCCUUCGACGCGGCGAAAACGCUCGAAGAAAUCGCCGGGACGUGCUGGCACUACGAACGCGAGACGAUCCUCAACCUGUGCCCGCCGCCGCCGCCGCCGGCGGCGCCCGGCGACCCGCCGAAUCCGCCUCUCGAGGAAGGCUGCGACCCGCCGGGCGAGGACGACUGGGCGACGCUGACGUACCCCGCGUUCGAGACGCUCUUCAUGCGCUCCGAUUUCGCGCUCGACGACCCGGACCCGGUCGGGAUAGCGCUCGCGGAGAAGGCGCGUUAUAUCUCACACUGGUCCCCAUACGGCCGCGCGGAGCGCGAGCGUCGACGCGCCGAGGAGCUCGCGGCGUUCAACGCGCGCGUCGAGGCGGGAGAGGAGCCCGCCGACGCGGUGUGGACGCCGCCGGCGGAUCUGCUCGAGGAGGAAGAGAAGGAAGAGCCUAAGGACCUAAGUAAGACCGGGAAGGGCGACUCCAAGGGCGAGAAGAAGGGCGGCAAGGACAAGGGUGAAAAGGGCGAGAAGAAGAAGAAGGAGAAGCCGCGGCCGACGGCGCCGAUGCCGCCGCCCGCGCCGGCGUCGUUCCCGGGUCUUCCGCUGAUUCCCCCCGCGCUCGCGGCGACGCUUCUGGAGCUGAACGAGGAGGACGCGAAGCGCGUGACCCCGAGGAGAGCCGCGGGGGCGUUCGAGGGCGACCUUCUCGCGCGGUCGGCGGCGCGGUUGCCGCGGAUCAAGACGCCGGAGGAGCUGGAGGCGAUUCGCGUCGCCGCGGAGGAAGCCGCGUUGGCGGCGAAGAACAAAAAGAAGAGACGCUGA